UGCGUUAAGAGAAGAUGCUGGGAAAAAGGACACGGCCCUUAAAAGAAAUUCGGGACGUCUGUGGGAGAAGCAUGUGGUAAGGAAGAGAAGGAGUAAUAAAGGUGUGUAAUUUCAAUGAGUGCCCUUGGGGAAGUACCGUGGUAGCCUGUUGACAAAGAGUUGGUCUCAUAUGCUGGACUGAAGAGGCUGCUACAUUAAAGGAAUGACCUUAUUUUCGUCCUUGCUUUGUCCCGGCCCUCCCGGACGUCCUUUAAAACAGUGUAUCAUAUAGUCAAGGAUCAAAAGUUGAGGAUAAGCAGGGAAAAGGUCCAGGCUGAAGACGAGUUAAAGAAGAGUUGGAAAGAAGAUGCUCCUGUCUUUGAUCUUCCUGUCCUUUGGUGUUUCCACUGUUAGCGGUCAGUUAACGGCUGCUGACUGCUCUUCAUACAUGAGAAGACCAGAAUACACAGAUAUAGAGGUAGACUGUGGCACUGAUUACAUGGGCCUGGCCAUCCAGCUGUGUCCAGUGGUCUACACAGGUUACAACGAGUCUUUGCUCUUUAUCAACAACAUAAUGGAUGACCCAGCCUGCAAAGGCACUGUGGACACGUCCGUCGCUCCUCCAGUUCUCCACUUCAGAUUCCCCAUCAAUGAGGCAUCAGGCUGUGGCAGCAAGUUCAAGACCAUCAGCACUCCGGGCACAGGACUAUUCUCAGAGUUCUCCAGCGUCGAGACAGUAAACAUCAGCGGCGUGGUGCGAUCGUAUGACCCCACACAAGGCGUAGUGACAUUUAAUGCCGAGCUGAAGUACUUUUACUCAUGUGCCUAUCCUCUGGAGUACCUGAUCAACAACACACAGCUGGAUGUGUCAGCCACCUCUGUUGCAGUGAAGGAUGGCAAUGGCAGUUUCAUCAGCACCCUAAGCCUCCGGCUCUUCAGCGAUGCAAACUUCACCAGACCCCUGAUCAUUCCCCGAAUUGGGAUCCAGCUCAGGACCCAUGUAUUUGUGCAGGUCCAUGCGAGCAAUCUUACCUCCCAGUACUUUGUGUUACUAGACCGGUGUUUCGCUUCUGCCGCAGUCGACCCAGAGAACUCCACCUACCACAACCUCUUUGUGCCCUGCUUUGCUGACGAGAUGAUCAGAAUGAUUGAAAAUGGUGUGAGCGAUCAAGCGCGAUUUUCCUUCCCGGCUUUCCGCUUCUUAGAGCAACAGAACCAAACGGUUUCUAGAUACUACCUCCACUGCAUUACACGACUGUGUGAAAUGAUGACCUGCGUAACAUACAGGAUGUGUCUCAAUGGCAGGAGGAGGAGGGAUUUGAGCUAUGAUUCUUCUCUUAACAAUGGACUGUCAGAAUCUGCCACCAUCACUUCUCCUGUCAUCAUUACCAGAGCUGACACCGAAACAGCAUCUGUUCCAUCCAACACACAAGAUUCAUCAGGCACUAAGACGAGCUCUGCUUCUUCGGCUGCGCUGGGAGUGGGCGUGGGUAUAGUGCUGUUCCUCAGCAUUUUGAUUAUCGGUGUAGCUGCAGUUUACGCCAAGAGACUCUUACACUCUACAGCUUCAAGACUGUUUUAUGGCUAAAAGCACUACAUAACAAACCACAUCAUAGCAGACCUGCUGCAGCCAACAACCAAUGGUGAAGUCAACACAUUUACAUAGUAAUGAAAAAAAGGUUUUGUUCUGUCUCUUGUAUUGAAAAGAGAAAACAGUAUCCAGCAUAUCGCCACAGUCAUGCCAAAGCUUGUGAAUUACGUAUUUAUUUAUUUUCACUUUUUUACUAUUAAUAUUUCAAAUUGUACACUGUGCCAACAUUUCAUGCAUAUAUGAUGAAAUGUAUUUUCAUUUCAAUUUACUAUCAGCAAUGUGACAUCAUUUCAUGAGGAUUUUCCUUUACAAUAUUUGUGUUGAACUGCAUCAGAAAGCUAAUGUGAAAGAACUGAAAUUAACAAUUUUGCACUACAUUUUACUAUAAGAAUAAAUAAACACAAGAAAAUUGUUUCUAGUAAAUCACUGUG